AUGUCGUUGAGUGAACGGAAAACUAUCGACCUAGAACAAGGAUGGGAUUUUAUGCAUAGGGGUAUCAUGAAGCUUAAGAAUAUUCUUGAAGGUUUGCCUGAACCUCAGUUCAGCCCCGAGGAUUACAUGAUGCUCUAUACGACCAUCUAUAACAUGUGCACUCAGAAGCCUCCUCAUGAUUAUUCUCAACAUCUGUAUGAUAAGUAUAAGGAGGCGUUUGAAGAGUACAUCGUGUCGACUGUGUUACCUUCUUUGAGAGAAAAACAUGAUGAGUUUAUGUUACGAGAACUUGUAAAGAGAUGGGCAAACCAUAAAAUUAUGGUGAGGUGGCUUUCUCGCUUCUUUCACUAUUUGGACCGCUACUUUAUUGCCCGGAGGUCACUUCCACCACUAAAUGAAGUUGGGUUGGCUUGCUUCCGUGAUUUGGUUUACAAGGAACUACAUGGGAAAAUGAGAGAUGCAAUUAUUUCACUUAUUGAUCAAGAACGUGAGGGAGAGCAAAUUGAUCGAGCUCUAUUAAAGAAUGUAUUAGAUAUAUUUGUUGAAAUUGGAAUGGGGAAAAUGGACCAGUAUGAAACUGAUUUUGAAGCUGACAUGCUGAAAGACACUUCUGCUUAUUAUUCUCGAAAGGCUUCAAAUUGGAUCCUAGAAGAUUCUUGUCCUGAUUAUAUGCUCAAGUUAUGGUUUCUCAUUUGUGCUUACUGUAAUUUGGCUGAGGAGUGCUUAAGACGAGAGAAAGAUAGGGUUGCUCAUUACUUGCACUCUAGCAGUGAGCCAAAAUUAUUGGAGAAAGUUCAAAAUGAGCUGUUGUCUGUGUAUGCAAGUCAGCUCCUUGAGAAAGAACACUCUGGAUGUCAUGCUCUACUUAGAGAUGAUAAGUGUGAAGACUUGUCAAGGAUGUUCAGGCUAUUUUCUAAAAUACCCCGUGGCUUGGAUCCUGUAUCUAGCAUAUUUAAGCAGCAUGUUACCACCGAAGGCAUGGCAUUGGUGAAGCACGCCGAAGAUGCAGCUAGUAACAAAAAGGCAGAUAAAAAGGAUAUUGUUAGUACGCAGGACCAGGUUUUUGUUCGGAAGGUGAUUGAGUUGCAUGACAAGUACCUGGCAUAUGUGAACUCAUGUUUCCAGAAUCACACUCUUUUCCACAAGGCUCUUAAAGAGGCUUUUGAGGUCUUUUGCAACAAAGGUGUUGCUGGAAACUCUAGUGCAGAACUUCUUGCCACUUUUUGUGAUAACAUUCUCAAGAAAGGAGGAAGUGAAAAAUUGAGUGAUGAAGCAAUUGAAGAAACUCUUGAAAAGGUGGUAAAGCUGCUCGCCUAUAUUAGUGACAAAGACUUGUUUGCUGAGUUCUACAGGAAAAAGCUUGCUCGAAGGCUUCUUUUUGACAAGAGUGCCAAUGAUGAUCAUGAGAGAAGUAUUUUGACCAAAUUGAAGCAACAGUGUGGAGGACAGUUUACCUCGAAGAUGGAAGGAAUGGUUACAGAUUUGACGCUGGCAAAGGAGAAUCAAACUAGCUUUGAGGAGUAUUUAAACAAUAAUCCUAAUGCAGACCCUGGAAUAGACUUGACAGUUACAGUUCUAACUACUGGCUUCUGGCCUAGUUAUAAAUCUUUUGAUCUCAAUCUUCCUGCAGAAAUGGUUAAGUGUGUUGAAGUUUUCAAAGAAUUUUAUCAAACUAAAACAAAGCACAGAAAACUUACAUGGAUUUACUCCUUGGGCACCUGCAACAUAAGUGGGAAAUUUGACCCAAAAACUGUGGAGCUUGUUGUCACAACCUACCAGGCUUCAGCAUUGCUGCUAUUUAAUUCCUCUGAUAGACUGAGUUAUUCUGAGAUAAUGACUCAAUUAAACUUAUUGGAUGAAGAUGUCAUUAGGCUGCUCCACUCCUUAUCAUGUGCAAAGUAUAAGAUUCUUCUCAAGGAACCCAACACAAAAACAAUUUCACCCACUGAUUAUUUUGAAUUUAAUUCAAAGUUCACUGACAAAAUGAGGAGGAUCAAGAUUCCUCUACCUCCUGUGGAUGAGAAGAAAAAAGUAAUUGAGGAUGUUGAUAAAGACCGAAGAUAUGCCAUUGAUGCUUCAAUUGUGCGUAUUAUGAAGAGUCGGAAAGUUUUGGGAUACCAAAAUUUAGUUAUGGAGUGCGUUGAGCAGUUGGGUCGCAUGUUUAAGCCUGAUGUCAAGGCAAUUAAAAAGAGGAUUGAAGAUUUGAUUUCUCGGGACUACUUGGAAAGAGACAAAGAAAAUCCAAAUAUGUUCAAGUACUUAGCCUGA